AAGAAUAUUUGGCAAUCACCUUCCCUUAAAAUCCACUACACUCUUUCACUGUCUUUUGCAAACUGCAUAUCUGACCAUAAUGUCAUCCUUGAAGAACACCACUUUAUUGUUCUUCCUAUUUCAAGCCAUUGUCUUAAUUAACCACCAAGUUAGAUCUGAUGAUGAGGAAGACAGUCUUCUUCAAGGCAUCAACAAGUAUCGGACAUCAUUGAACUUAACAGCCUUUGUAAAGAAUGAAAAUGCAGCAUGUCUUGCUGAUCAAAUAGCUGAGCAAUAUAAGGGCGAACCCUGUACAAACAGCACGGGAUCCAACACUAUAAUAGGCACUGAAAACCAUUUCCCCAACUACCCUGACUUCUUAGCUCAUUGCAAACUAAACAUCAGCAACACUGCAGAUGGGUCGAUAAUGCCUGCUUGUGUACCAAACCUGGAUCCAACCCUCGUGCUUUGGAAUUUUACAAAAUCCCAGUAUUCUGGUGACUUAAACGAUACCAAGUAUACAGGAGCUGGUAUUGCUUCUGAGGGUGAUUGGAUUGUUCUCGUUCUUUCCACUAAUUCUUCUCAGGGAAGCUAUCAAACUUACAAGGCUGCCGGUUUCAUUCCUAGACCUAGUCACCUUUUUCACUUUAUAGUCUUUUUGAUGGCUUGUUUCUUCUUCUUAUAAGCUGAAUUUUGUGCUUGUACCAUUACAUCAUUCACUUUGUUGGACGUCCUGUGCAUUUGAAUGCAUUUUGAACCUCAAUUGUUGACUGUUGAGGAAUUCAAAUUUUACCUUAA